ACGCAAUUUUUCAGUAAAUGUCAAAAGGAGUCAACAGAAAAUAUUUUAGUUGGCUACAAACUUUCGAAGUGAAAUAUACUUAUCGAAAACAACAUCCAGACGAUCGGUGCAACGAAAAAAAGGACGACACCUGAAAAACAACUUCUCAGUUCGUUAAUGAUAUAUAUAUUAUUGGAUUACAAAAAAAUUAUAGGCAGUUUUCUAUUAUUGCGACCUACUCGAGACAUUUGCCAAUUGCUUGGAUAUGUUGAGCAAAGUGCUAAGCCGCAAGCUGCUCACUUAUCUUUUCAGCAUCGCUGCCAUAAUUGUCCCGAUACAAUCAGAUAGGCAAUCUUCAAGGAAACGACACAAUAAUCUCUACAACGAUGAUAAUAUAUCAAGUUUUUCAAAUUUACUCGGAGUAGGUGUUGGAACUUUGGACUUUCUGAAACAAGGCCAACAUUAUCUAAAUCAAGAAAUACCGGACAUGACCCCUGAAUUCGAAGAUAUAUAUGAUUUUGUAGUGGUUGGUGCUGGCACAGCCGGUGUCACGAUAGCCGCGAGAUUAAGUGAAAUUCCUCAAGUCAAGAUAUUGCUGAUCGAAGCUGGAUCUAACGAGAAUAUUCUCAUGGACAUUCCGCUAACUGUUCCUCUUCUACAGCUAAGUAAUGACAUCAAUUGGAAAUAUCGGACAAAGCCAUCCAAUAGAUAUUGUCUCGGUAUGGAUAACAAUAGUUGUAACUGGCCUAGAGGAAAAGUGAUGGGCGGUAGCAGUGUGCUAAACUACAUGAUUGCUACCAGAGGCGGCGCCGAGGAUUACGAUCGCUGGGCUGAAAUGGGAAAUGAAGGCUGGGCUUACAAAGACAUUCUCAAGUAUUUCAAGAAAUUGGAAACAAUCGAUAUCCCGGAAUUACAGUCAGAUAUUAUCUAUCAUGGAACUAAAGGACCAGUACACAUUAGCUAUCCGUCAUUCCAUACACCAUUAGCAGAGGCAUUCUUAAAAGCUGGCAAAGAGCUAAAAUAUCCAUUAGUAGAUUACAACGGAAAAGAUAUGAUAGGAUUCUCAUAUUUGCAGUGCACGAUUAUGAACGGCACUCGCAUGAGCAGUAAUAAAGCAUACUUGUACCCUAUACAUAAUCGCAAAAAUCUUCACGUGACUCGUCACAGCAUGGUGAGAAAAGUGCUAAUCGAUCGUCGUACAAAUCGUGCGAUUGGUGUAGAGUUCAUUAAAUAUGGUCGGGUUAUCUCCGUCCUGGCAAGCAAAGAAGUGAUAUUGUGCGCAGGUGCAAUUGGAUCGCCGCAGUUGCUAAUGUUAUCCGGCAUUGGACCGGCUGAACAUCUUACCAAACUCGGUAUAGAUGUUAUUCGAAAUGCGCCGGUCGGAGAGAAUCUAAUGGAUCACGUGCUUUACAGCGGACUGACAUGGAUAAUUAAUGCAUCAAUAAGUAUAAAAUAUGACAUGUUGAAUCCGGUUCAUCCAUAUCUAGCGGAUUUCCUAACAAAAAAAACCGGACCUUUUACGAUUCCGGGCGCAGCAGAGGCUCUCGCUUUUAUCAAUACUAAGGAUCUAAAAAAACGCACCGGUUUACCGGAUAUAGAAUUAGUGUUUAUCGGUACUGGUUUCAAAGGAGAUUUAAUUCUUCCAAUUGUAAUAGGUUUGAAUACGCAAAUGAAACAGAUAUGGAAUAAAUAUCUUUAUAAGUACGGCUGGACCCUAAUGCCAAUGCUGUUAAGACCAAAAAGUCGUGGACGGAUAAGAUUAUUAGCUAAUGAUGUUAAUGUUAAACCUGAAAUAGUACCCAAUUAUUUCGAUGAUAUGGAAGACGUUAAAACGAUGAUUGCCGGUAUUAAGGCUGCAAUAAAGAUCGGUCAAACGAAAGCGAUGCAGAUGUUUGAUUCGCAAUUGUCUAAUGAUACUAUUCCUGGAUGCGAAAAUUAUAAUUAUGAUUCCUUUGCUUAUUGGGAUUGUAUGAUCCGAACGGUCAUUUCUACUAGCUUUCAUUACUCCGGUACUUGCAAGAUGGGUUCAAAAAAAGAUCCAACUGCUGUUGUCGAUCCCAAAUUAAAGGUAAUCGAUAUUCAAGGAUUGAGAGUAGCUGACGCAUCCAUCAUGCCCGAUAUUGUAUCGGGGCAUACAAAUAUACCUGUUUAUAUGAUAGCAGAGAAACUGGCAGAUAUGAUCAAGGAAGAAUGGGGUUAAAAGUAUUUGAAAGAUACACUAAAGUAUUUACAAAGGAUACAAUAGUUAUUGUGAUGUAAUAGAUAUGACAAUGCGUUUAUAUGCAUAUUUAUAAAUUUAUAAAUGUAAUUUUGUUGUUACUUUGUUAUGUAACAUUUAUGUAAUUUAGUGAACGUAAAUAUGGAUAUUUUAAAAGUUUCGUAAAUGCUAUGUAUCUUUAAUGACAUUAAUUGUAAUUUUAAUUGAAAAGUAAUGCUAAAUACGUAACAUUUAUGUAUUUUAACCGUUUUAAUGCUAAGCAAUUUUUGCAAGAAUGCACGAAAAUUGCGAUACAUAUUGAAACUCGCAGCGCAAAAGCGCUGCGUCGCGGUUUUCGAGACAAACGAUCGCAGCGCUUUGUAUACUCUAAAAAUUUCAUAAAUGCUACAUAACUUUAAUGACAUAAUUAAAAUGUUAUGUUAAAUAUGUACUAAUUAUAUAUUUUGGUGAAUGUAAAUGUGUACAUUCUAAAAAUUUCAUAAAUGUUACAUAACUCUAACGACAUAAGUGUAACAUUAACAUUAUUGAUGUCAAUAUAUAUUUUUGUUAAAACCUUGUAAAAAGAAUUGUAAAAGGAAGAAAAUUACCAUUACCAAUUACCAUUAUUGACAUUUUUAAGCGUUCUGAAAAAAUGAUGAAUGUAUAUAAGUGCAAUGUCAUUGAGAAAAAUGUAUUUAAAACAUAUUUUCUUAAUAUAUAGAGUUAU